AAAAAAAAAAUUCAUAAAAUUAAAGGCCAAAAAUGGGGCUCUACGGCGGCGUUUUAGCCAGACUUGCAGAUGGCUGACUUUAGCUUGAUCGCUAUAAAUGAAUCCCGGCCAUCUUCUGUCACUCUCCUUUCUCGUUUCACCAACUGCCUUCCCUUUCUUCCUUUAGGAGGAUUUUCUUCAGAAAGAGAAUGUUCCAAAUGAGCAAAAACUGGUGGAGGACAAUGGGGAAGCUGAAGCGAUAGAGCUUGUUGUCUUUCAGGUCUCAGAUUGUUACGUCUGCUUGAUACCAACAAGGAAAACUGCAGCUUCCUAUAGCUUUUUGCUGGUGCCUUCAAAUUAUAAUAACUGAUUCUGCAUUAGUGAGGCUUACUUUUUGGAUUUUGAUUGGCUUUUGAUCGCAAUCUUGGGUCUCUCUCUAUUUUCUGGAACAUGGAUAAGGAAGAGAAGGUUCCAAAUGAGCAAAGAGGGGUCGAGGAGAAUGAUGAAGCUGAAGCAAUAGAGCUUGUUCUCUUCCAAGUCUCCGAAUGUUAUGUCUACUUGAUACCACCAAGGAAAACUGCAGCUUCAUACAGGGCUGAUGAAUGGGAUGUUAACAAAUGGGCAUGGGAGGGAAUCUUGAAAGUCAUUAGCAAAGGGGAAGACUGCAUUAUCCGACUUGAAGAUAAGAACACAGGUGAAUUAUAUGCUCGGGCAUUUUUGAGAAAUGGAGAACCUCAUCCGGUGGAACCUGUAAUUGAUAGCAGCAGAUAUUUUGUUCUUCGGAUAGAGGAAAAUAUUGGUGGUCGUCUUCGGCAUGCUUUCAUUGGCAUAGGAUUUAGAGAACGAACUGAAGCUUAUGAUUUCCAGGCAGCCCUACAUGACCAUAUGAAAUAUCUGAACAAAAAGAAAACGGCAGAAGAGAUGGAACAGCAAUUCCAGAAAACUUCCUCAGUUGAUUAUAGCUUAAAAGAAGGGGAGACACUUGUACUACAAUUAAAGAGCAAUAGAGGUGGCCAAAGCGUGAAGUCCAAGUUUUUUGAACUGGGUUUGAACAAUCCAUCACCUGAGAACAAGGGUAAUAAUCAGAAAGAGCCAAAGAUUUGUAUCAAACCACCACCACCUUCCCCAGCUCCACUUUCGCCUGUUGGUACAUUUCAUAAGUCCCCAUCAAAAUCACCAUCAAAUUUCAGUUUGGAGGGAAAGCAUGAGGAACCGGAAUCAAGAGAUGUUUACCCGAAAGACGCUGAUUCUUCUGAAAAUCAAAGCACACAGGAUGUACCAGAUGACGAUUUUGGGGAUUUUCAAGCAGCUGGUUAAUAUGCACCUUUCUUCUUUUUUUUUUUUUUUUUUUUUUUUAAUAAAUAAAUAAA